GUUCAACAAAAAGGACAAACAAAGCAAUGUAACCACACCCAUAACACGAUCAACCCAUAUCAAAAUUUUUAGGGAAUUUCCAGACUAGAUUGAACCAGAAAUUGUUCCAGAAGUUUCGAUGUCAGAUUAGAUUUGCUAGCAAGAGGAAUUAAGAUCGGCGAAAACAGUGACUAGAAUAAAAAAGACUGGAAGAAUUAAAUAAUGCAAAAAGAUGAAGAAUCAGAAUAUGUUUCGCAUGUUCCUCCUCUUGUUUAUAAUACCAGUGUCAGGCCUGGCAAUGAACACGGAUAAACAAUGUCCAAUGAAUUACAUUCUGCGGUCAUCCUGGAAGAACAAAACUGAACAAGAUCAUUAUUGCUGUAGGAAGUUAGAGAAAAACUGUACAGCAGGUAACUACGUGGAAACAUGCACCAGUGAUUUUGAUGAAGAUAAAUGUAUGAAGUGUAAAGGCUAUACAUGGUUAGCGGAUGAAACCAAUUCUGAUAAUGUUCACCCUUGCACUAAGUACGGUUCCUGUCCGAUCGAGUCUAAGAGAGUUGACUAUUUGCCAAGAUCUGGUUGUAGAAUUCCAUGCAUAUGUGACACAGGAAGAAACUAUUUCGGAUACAAUGGCUGUAAUUGUCAAUUGUUUGUAGGAAAAUGUCCAAUAGGAACUAGAUUGACACUUAACGGUUCAUGUAUAGAUGAAAGGAUUGCAGAGCAAAUCAACAAUUUAAAACCACUUCAAGACGCAGUUGUGAUACCAUUUUCAAGACAAACAAACGAUACAGGACAGAAAGCAAAAAGUCAUCCUGAAGAAAAUGGAUGGAAAAUUGGGAGAUGGGUAAUAACGGUGGUAGCUGUGGUUGGCUUAGUUGUAAUAAUCUGUGCAUGCAAAAAGUUAAAUGUGUUCGGGAAAUGUAGAAAAGACAAAGGACAAGACAUUUCCUUAGAUACAAAUAAAGGAAACAACAAACCCUUGCUGUCGGACUCGGCAGACUCUGGAAUAUCUGUUGGAGUUCAAUCUUACUCAUCAGAGUUACCAGACGUGAAGAUAAAUGUUGAGCAGGCAGAAUGUCUAUAUACGACAAAAACUCAAGAUCACAAAUUCUCGUUUGAAUGCGAAAGGAAUGUGGCACAUGUAAAACCAUUUGAAUAUAAACUUGAAUCAGAUUCAAACAAGACUCAGAUCGAGAUGUCUUUGUCGACAGUCACAGAAGCCGAUACAUCCUUGGUUCAAGAACAUUUAUAUAUAACGCCCGAUCAUCUUCUACAACACGAAGUGCCUUUAUCAUCAUCAACAGAACAAGAACAGAUAUACAUACCGUCCUCAACUCAUGAAAUAAAUCAACAAAGACCUUUAGUAGUAGACAAUAUAGUACAAUAUCACGAAAAUAAUUAUUCAGAACUUGUUAAUGUUCAACAUGACUUUGGUUCUACUCUAAGUAACUUAGAUAGUAGUUGAUUGUUAACAGAUUAGAUACUCAUUAUCAUUUAAGAACUAAAGAAAUAGUUGUACAUUUAUGAAAAUAAAAUCAUAUGAAUAAUUAAAAAUAUGGAUCAGUUCUUGAGAAAAAUAUUCAUAAACUAUAUUAAAUUUGUGCGUACUGUAUGAAUUAAAUCACUUCAAUUUUAUUGCAUUUCAUUUUGUUUUAAAACUUUUUAAUCAUGUCUUUAUUGAAAACACUUGUAUGGGUGAAAUGCAUGUGAUUUUUUUUGUUAAAAGCACCAUUACACACAUGCAUGCAUUUAGAAUAUAAUGAAGUUAUAUUCUAACAAAAUUUUGGGCAUAUCUAAACGACGUGUUAUUGGAGAAGGAGCAAACGUAAA